UCAUUGUUUUGUUUCAUUUCUCAGGAUGUGAUCUUCGUGGCAGGAAGCUGAGUUUUUAAACUACCCCAAUGGAUGCAGACAGUGACGUUGCAUUGGACAUUUUAAUUACAAACGUAGUCUGUGUUUUUAGAACAAGAUGCCAUUUGAACUUAAGGAAGAUUGCUUUGGAAGGGGCAAAUGUAAUUUAUAAGCGUGAUGUUGGAAAAGUAUUAAUGAAGCUUAGAAAACCUAGAAUUACAGCUACAAUUUGGUCCUCAGGAAAGAUUAUUUGCACUGGAGCAACAAGUGAAGAAGAAGCUAAAUUUGGUGCCAGACGCUUAGCUCGCAGUCUGCAGAAACUGGGUUUUCAGGUAAUAUUUACAGAUUUUAAAGUUGUUAAUGUUUUGGCAGUAUGUAACAUGCCAUUUGAAAUCCGUUUGCCAGAAUUCACCAAGAACAAUAGACCUCAUGCCAGUUAUGAACCCGAGCUUCAUCCUGCAGUGUGCUAUCGAAUAAAAUCUCUGAGAGCUACAUUACAGAUUUUUUCAACGGGAAGUAUCACAGUAACAGGCCCCAAUGUAAAGGCUGUUGCUGCUGCUGUGGAACAGAUUUACCCAUUUGUGUUUGAAAGCAGGAAAGAAAUUUUAUAAUCCGCCGUGUCAUUGGUUAGCAUCCCUAACUGAGCACCUUUUGAAAUCUGCUGCACAUUGGACUCAAAACAAAAGGAAAACUGGACCAACAGUGACUGAGGAAACAGACUCGGAUUCCCCCGCGGCGGCAGUGCACGCUCCUGGCCGCAGGAGUUUCAUUCAAACCUUGCUGUAAUAUAAAAGGGAAGUUUACAAGACAUGACGUUGCUGCUUUUACAAAAGGACAUUCUAUUUAUUUUCGCAGUAAUUCUCAUGUCCUAAGCAGAGCUGUCACAGUGUGCACUACCUGAAAUUGUUUUAUCGUUGUCAUUGUUAUUUCUUUUCUCCAGUUUGAGCUAGUGUGUUUUAUUUGUGAACAGUCUUUUACAUUUUUGUAUGCUGAAUAUGGGCACCAAAGAACCUGUACAAGUUAUCUUUUUCAAUUGAAUGUGCACAAAUAAAAAUUUGGAAAAGAUCUCUCCAUAUCCAUUCUAGAACUUUUAUUCCCCAUUUUCUAUUUUAACAAAAUUGUAUUCGUAAUUUUUUUUAAACUAUGCAAGCUUAGAUUUUUGCUGAAGUGUUAGCUUCUCUUUGAAGUGUAUUUUGUAUAUAUAUAGAGAUAGCUUAUGCCAUGUGUAUAGUAACUCUUUAAUGCUCUGUUACCAAAUAUCAAAUAGGAAUUUGUUUCUUGCAGAUUAGAAAUGCAAACAUGUAUAUAAGCCGGAAGGAACCCAGUAGAACUUUAUAGAUAAAGCAUAAUGUUUUAUGUUGCUAAUUUAAUAUGAUAGAAAAUGUUGAAUAACUUUUGACAGUUAAGAAAAUUGUAGUUUUUAAUAAGAAAAAACUUCUGUCCACAAACAGGAUAUAUGUGAGAAGAAACUGUGAUGGCUUUUCCCUCAUGUGUACCUUGGUUAUUCUGCAAAGGGAUAGUCACAGGAAACUGACUGAGGUUCUUGACUCAUUAAACUUUGGCUGGUGCUCAAGGCAA